CACAUUGUGGCUUUUAAAUGUAGUAGGCAGGCGUUGUUGCUACAACAGUUGCCUUUUUUCAGUUUGAUCACUUAUAAUAUUGUUUUUGUUACAAGAACUAAAUUCAAGAAUGGCUGAUGAUAAUGGUAGUUACUCUUUCCUGGUGGAGUGGUAUGAAGAACAAGCUGCCAGAAUUCGUCAGUUUCUGCUUAGCUACCAUGUGAAAACUCAGGGUGUUGAAAUGUACUGUCUAAAGACGAGGAAGACGUUCUUAAAGACAUGUUUGAAAGGGACGCCGAAUGCCAUCGAGCUGUCCGAUCUGUUCAUUGGAAGCACACACAACAUCCUCGGUCGACAAAUCACCAUCAAAGAUUAUGGUGACGAGUACACUAGGAACCAUCUGUCAGGGAAGAAAGAGAAGACAUUUGGGUUGGUGAAGCCUGAUGCGGUGAACAAGGCAGGGACUAUUCUGGAUCAGAUCUACCAGAAAGGAUUCAUGAUUGCACAGCUCAAAUCGUGUGUACUCGACCGCCAAGAAGGAAGUGAUUUCUACCAGGACCACAAGGAUGAAUUUUACAUGAAGACGCUGGUGGCGGAUAUAGUCAGUGGCCCUGUGCUUGCCUUUGAGAUUGUGGGUGAAAACGCGGUGGGAAAAUGGCGGGAGAUGGUGGGGCCGUGCGACCCGGCAGAGGCCAGAAAAUGUGCAGCAAGGUCACUCAGGGCGCAGUUUGGAACAGACAAGUCAAAGAAUGCACUGCACAGUGCGGCCAGUAGCGAGAUCGCGUCUCGGGAACUGGAGUUCUUCUUCCCGACUGUCGGAGUUCCUCGUCGUAACUCAGCCAGCUUCGACCAGUGCACCUGUGCCGUCAUCAAACCACACGCAGUUAAAGCAGGACUUGCUGGUAAGAUCAUAAUGGCGAUCACGGAAGCCAACUUUGAGGUGACUGCGAUCCAGAUGUUCCACAUGGACAAGGUGAAUGCGGAGGAGUUCUACGAGGUCUACAAGGGAGUGGUGGCCGAGUACAACGGGAUGGUGGUCGAACUCACGUCCGGCCCCUGCAUCGCGCUCGAGAUUCGCGCACAGAACGCGGUCACCGCCUUCAGGGAGAUGGUGGGACCGGCCGACCCAGAGAUAGCCCGACAUUUACGACCAAGGACUCUACGCGCAACGUUUGGAGUCGACAAGAUUAAAAAUGCCAUCCACUGCACUGACCUCCCAGAAGACGGACUACUAGAGGUGGAAUAUUUCUUCAAGAUACUGGACCGCUAACAUUUUCUCCUACUCGACAAUACCUCCAGCAAGCACUUGUAUAUAAACAUUAUGUGAACGUGACAUUGUAUUCAAAACUGUGAUCCUACAUCAUACAUGUCUAGACUGGUCCAACACGGACAAACGUAUCUAAUAAAUUAUUUUUAUUCUCGUC